UGGAAGGAGGUGGUGGGGGGGGGGGUGAUCCCUACGUUGCGAUGCGGUGUUGACCAGUGAUGUCUCACAUCGGAGCCGUGGCAACGGGAGUCCUGCUUAUAAAGCCUUGUCGUCGGGGAAACCCUGGCAGAGUCUGCGACAGGAGUCCCAGAAUGUGGACUUGAGACAUGCGUAGCAUAACGAGGGUACCCCCGACAUUGGCCUUCACCAUGGACAGAGAUGACGCCAAGACAAACAAGAACCUUGGAAAGAACUUUAUGUGUCGUCUGCAGUGUAUGUUCUCCCAUUCAUCAACCUCUGAGAGCAGGCUAAGUUUAGAAGAUACCCAACAAUGGUCACAGUCACUGGAGAGGCUGUUGGAAUCUAAAUAUGGACUGGCGACCUUCAGGACUUUUCUCAAGUCUGAAUUCAGCGACGAAAACAUUGAGUUCUGGCUGACGUGCGAGGAGUACAAGAAAAUCAAAUCCUCAUUCAAAAUGUCUUCCAAGGCCAAGAAAAUCUACGAACAGUUCAUCAAGGCGGAAUCUCCCAAAGAGAUCAACAUCGACCACCACACUCGAGAGCAGAUCAAGAGAAGUGUGAAGACUCCCGCGCUGUGCUGCUUCGACGACGCUCAGAAGAUCGUCUACGGCCUAAUGGAGAGAGACUCGUACCCGCGGUUCCUGCGCUCGGACAUUUACAGAAGCCUCCUGGAGUCCCUCGCCGACGACGCCGUCAAGGGAUGAGAGCAGAGAGAGGAACGGAACGAACACGAAAACUCUAACUGGAACGCUUGGGCUUUGUGGGGAAGGGAGGGCCCAUGGAUGGCUGGCCUGGCCUGGGGGAACGCGGAGAGGGGGAGGAGAGGGCCCAUGGAUGGCUGGCCUGGCCUGGGGGAACGUGGAGAAGGGGAGGAGAGGGCCCAGGGAUGGCUGGCCUGGCCUGGGGAACGCGGAGAGGGGAAGGGAGGGGCCCAUGGAUGGCUGGCCUGGCCUGGGGGAACGUGGAGAAGGGGAGGAGAGGGCCCAGGGAUGGCUGGCCUGGCCUGGGGGAACGCGAAGAGGGGGAGGAGAGGGCCCAGGGAUGGCUGGCCUGGCCUGGGGGAACGCGGAGAGGGGGAGGAGAGGGCCCAUGGAUGGCUUUGUGUGGGGAAAGUGGAGAAACCUGUGUCCUUACCUGUCCAGCACCACGGUCCCCACAACCAGAAAGGACCACAACCUCAGAGCGUCUGCUGGCAGGCCAGCGGAGAAAGGAGAACAUUGUUGUGCUGUAAUUCCUCCUCUAGUGUGUUUGUACAGGGUGAUAAGUUUCGAUGCAAAGCGAAACAUGGUUGACUGGUCAUGAAUCAUCAGAGCAUUGAGGCGGCCAUGACACAAUGUCAGUUAACACACUGUCUCCUCUGGAGGAUGUGUUUCCUGGCUCAGAUAAGGACACAGGAUGUUAGUGGAAAUGGCUACAAUCUAUAUGUGUGUGUGUGUGUGCUAGCAUGUGUGUGUUUGUGUGUGCGUGUGUGCGUGAAAGAGACAGUGAGACACAGAGAGAGAGAGCCUGAGAGAGAGAAAAAACAGCACACAUAAGUAUAGCUAUCAAGGUCGGGCCACUGGAUGGAUAUGUUUCCUUUUUUUCCCUUUUGUACGGACUUCACCGUGGGGUUAGAUGAAUGAGAGAGCGCAGCUGGAGCGCACAGUGGCACGGGUAGCACAGUACAACAGCUUUUCCAUGGAGUGUUAUUCACACCCUCGAGACAUACGACGUGUUCCACUGAUAGCUAGCCGUUGUGAGACGUAAAUUACAUGUUUUGGGUGCAAGUCUUGAGAAUAGAACAGUGCCAGUGUUUCACUUUGUAUGCUUACCUUGCCAUUUUGCUUUUUGGAUUAUUUGUUUCGAAAGACACUUUCCUGUUACUCACAGAACAUGCACAAUUUAAAUGGGUUAUCUAGCAGCGUUGAUCUGAUCUGUUUUAAAUUGUAUUUAUUUAUUAUCACAGCCACUGUUGGAAUGCUGACUUUUGCAGUGGAAAUAUUGUCAUGAUUAGGAAUUAAAUUAUUCAAUCAUUUGGA